GUACGAUCAGAUUGUGUAAGGCAUCAUGGAGGCAGGUGUAGUUUUCCUGCUGCUCCUCGCAUCGCUGGGAGUUGCUUUGACGGACACUUUUCAUGGAGACAGCAUCAGUUUCAUGCCUCCAAAGAGGAACAGCGACGGCACAUAUAAGGUGACCUUUUUCCAUCGACAAAACAGCAAAGGUAACUGCAAAAAUGAGUCGACCUUCACGUGCGACGAUGGAGUUUGCACAACUUUUAGCAAGUCCAGUGUCCUGCCAACGGACAAGGAAGUCGCCACCAACCCCAGGUGGUGUCAGAGUGAAGGACGCACAACUGCAACCGUCUCCACCAAUAAAAACUCCUUAACUCUGAGGCGCUCCGGCUGCUGCUGGGAGCCGAACGUCCAAGGAGUUGGAGUCAGCUGGACGAGUUUUGCAGAGCUGGACCUGGGAACUCGAUCUGACACCCGCAGCAUAAACAGCUGUCCUGUGACCACAACAGUGUCUUCCUUACGGGUCCCUCAGAACUGUUUUUCAAAGAUUCGUCUGCUGGCGUACGAUCCGGACAGAGACAAAGUGAGAUGCCGCUACGCUUUAAACGCCACACAAGUUCCAGGCAUUACUCUGGACGAGACUGCGUGCACACUGACAAAGACAGGAAACAUCACCACUGGAGUCCACUUGUUCGUGCUGACGAUGGAGGACGUCACCACCAAAAACAUCACCGUGACUUACGCAGAUAAAACAACAACGUAUCGGGAGGAGUCCAACACCAGAUUACCACCUCUGUGCAAAGUGAAGGUGCAGUUCUCAGUGGAGGUCACUGAUUCGAUUCCAAACUGUGAGAUGGGUCACGUUCAGCCGACGUUUCUGUCCAGAACUCCUUCACAUGGUGACGUUCUUCACGCCACCGUGGGUCAGACGUUCCAGCUUUACGCCCAAGCACAGGCCGCCCAUUCCACCAUCCAGGACUUCCAGGUCAGCGGCCCCCACAACAUGACCAAAGCCUUUAAAGAUGAUCAGUUUGGAAAAGCUGAAGUGACCCUGAGCUGGAUGCCGCAGCAAAGCGACCUCAACAGAUUUGUUCCAGUUUGCUUUACGGCAGAAACAAAGAAAACCCAAUCAGAGAUGAGAUGUGUUGUUGUCAUGGUGACCCAGUCAUCUAUCACUCAAGUUAGAGCCAAGGUUCAGUGUGAACCCAACAAGAUGACGGUGGUCCUGGAGAAAGCCUCUAUACCCGACAUCGACGAGAACUUCCUGCAGCUCAGAGACCCGUCCUGCUCUCUCACCUCCAACAGCACUCACAUCACAGGCGUCAUGUCGUUCACCACCUGCGGCACAAAACUCGAGGAAAAAGGGGAUUUUAUCGUCUUCAAGAAUGAGAUCAACUCCUUCGUGCUGCCCAGCGAGGUCAUCGUCCGCAGAAAGACGGUGAAGAUCGACUUCUCCUGCCAGUUUCCCAAAGCCAUCGAGAUCUCCAGCUAUUACAGCGUCCGCAAUUCGGACUACAUCUUCACCGAGUCCAGCUUCGGCAGCUUCGGCUACACUUUCGAGAUUUUCCGCGAUGGCAACUUUACGAAGAAGGUGGAGGCAAGCGCUUACCCAGUGGAGGUCAAGCUGCUGCAGACCAUUUAUAUGGGCAUUGAGGCGACUUCAGAGCUGCCGAACGUGACUGUGUUUGUGGAGUCGUGCAAAGCGACGCCCGACGACAACCCCGACAACGCCCUCUCCUACGACCUCAUUAAGAACGGGUGUAUCCGAGAUGAGACAUUGAAAGUUGCCGAAUCACCUCAAACUGAGUUCAGGUUUCAGGUUCAAGCCUUCAAAUUUACUGGAAACUAUGACCAGGUGUACGUCACCUGCUCGGUCAUCCUGUGUGAACCUGGCAGUCAGUUCUCCAGAUGUGCUCAGGGAUGUCUGAAGGAUCCGUCCCGAAGGCGCCGCCGCCGAGGGCUGAGCAAGGAGACGGUGGGUCACUACAUUACCCAGGGUCCUUUGCAGUUCGUCGGGCAGCCGGUUCCCAAAGCCGCCGAGGAGGGCCUGAACGUUGUGAUGCAAAAUGAUGACGUUCCUGCCACAGUGAUUUCUCCACCUGCUGCUCCAGACACCAAAUCGAGCAAAGGAAGCUGGGAAUUUAAGCGGAUGCUCUCGUCCAACGUCACCGCUGUGGUUUUGGGCUCGGCCUUCUUGGUGUCUGUGAUGCUGCUGGCUGUGGUGAUUCAUCGCUACAGCAGGAAGACCAGAGUGGAAGACACCAAAGCUCUCAUAGCUUCAGACUACGAGAACUAAGCCCAGACAGUCUGCUCAGAUUUACCUUUUUAUUUUUAUUUUAUUCUCUGAAAUGUCUAUCUUAAAGCCAUACUCAUAUAUCCAGAUGUGCAAGAAAUCAUCCUUUUUCUGUUCAUCCAAAAAAAAACAUGAAUGUUUUCUUAAAAAAGUUACAAGUUACUUAGCUGACUGAAAAUAAUAAUUAAAAGACUAAAAAUGUCCGUAAAAAAUGAAGUAAAGCAAGUUUAUAAAAAAUGCCCAAUAUGAACAAGAGCAGCAUUUACAUAAAGGAUAAUCAUAAUUAUGUUUAUUUUAAUAAAUUUUUUAAUAAGCUGCUUUUAGAGGCUCUCAAAGAUGUGGAAGGAAACAAUAAGAGCUGCUCUGAAAAGUGGAAUUUCGGGUUGAAUGUGAAGAGUUUGAACUCGAGCUGCAAUGAUUGAUCGAUUAGUUGUCAACUGUUAAAUUAACUAUUUUAAUUUUUAUCUAAAUUUUUUGAUUGCAGCUACUUAAAUAUGUGUAUAUUUGUAACGGUAAAAUGAACACAUUUGAGUUGUGGACAAAAUCAUACAUUUAAGGAUGUCUUCUUUGAUGUUUGGAAACAGUUACAUUUUUUUUUUUACAUUUUAGGACAUUUUAUAGGCCAAGAAACUAAUAAUCCAGAAAAUAUUUGACAGAUAUGAUGUAAUCAUUGCAUGUGCAAUUGCACAUUGCAAAUGUGGAUAUUCUCUUUGAGUGGUAAAUGCAUAAGAAAAAACAUGGAAUUUCUUUUUGAUUAAAGUUUGAAAUUUAAUGGAAAAAAAUCCCAAAUUUAAGAAAAAAAACCUCUCAGAUUAAAGUCAGACAUUUGCAAGGAAAAAAAAGUUUGUAAGAUUCAAGUUGUAUUUUAUGAAAAAAAGGGAUUUUCUCUGAGAUUAAAAUAGGGAAUUUAUGAUCAACAAAACACUGAUAUUUUAUGACAUUAAAGUGGUAAAUUUAUGGUAAAAAAUGAUAUUUUAAGGUUGAAAGUCAGAAAUGUAAGAGAAAAAACAAUUUAUUUUUUAAAAAUAUCUAAAAUUCUCUCAUUUUAAGAGAAAACUGAAUAUUCUCUGUGAUUAAAAUUCUAACUUUACCAAAAAGAAAAUAAAAUCUAUUUUCUCUGCAAUCAUAGUUGUAAAUUUUACUAUCCAGAUUGGUUACUAUCAAACAAAACCUUUAAAAUACUCUUUAAAGUCAGACUUAAGAUGAAGUAUGUUGUUACUGUAUUGAAAAAAAAGCAAAUGUAGAUCAGUUUGGUUGCAGUUUUGUGUUGUUUUCAUGCUUGUAAAGAACUAUUUGCCUGCACAGCUGCAGCUCAGAGCUCACCCGACCAGUUUAACUCAGGUGCAUAUAUUAUUCCAUCCAGACGGGUUCUGCAGGAUUCUUUUUAUGCUACUGUCCUUAUUGUGUCGACUUUCUCCAGACAGGAUCCCAGCAGUUCUCUGCAGGUGUUCAGGGUUUGUUUGGUUCAGUACAAUAACACUGUACUGAACAAUGAGUGGAAAACCUGAACUCUGUUGUUUUUGGCCCAUUCCGGAUGGAAUAAUCAGUUGUUUAAACCAUAUAAAAAUGACUUGUAUUCAUUUAUGUGAAGCGUUAAAUGUAGUAACUGGGAUUAUUUACAAUUAAAGGGGAAUCUUUGAAGUCUUUAUCUUGUAAUAAACACAGUGUGUGUGGGA